GAUAAAAAGUGCACGCAAGAGUGGCGUUGUCGCGCAGACGAGCAGAGACGAGAUUAGAUUAGGCGACCCGGCUCCCUGUUUAGUGUCUUUUUGUCUUGUUUUGAGUUCACUCUUAUUUUUUGUGGCGUUUUUAAUGUGACGUUUCAACCUUAAAUUUAGACAUCGGUGGCAGCAGGUGCGCUUCGAAUACAUGUCUGUAUUUCUUCGAACUGAUUCAGUUCAGCGUUUGUGCCCGUCCGAGAUAUGACUGAGGUGAUGAUCAACAGCACCCCCAUGGACGACAUGAGGCUCAGUCCCACCAAGGACAGACUUUCUUUCCAGAUCUUCCCUGACCCGUCUGAUUUUGAGCGCUGCUGUAAGCUCAAAGACCGCCUGCCCUCCAUCGUGGUAGAGCCCACGGAGGGCGAGGUGGAGAGCGGCGAGCUGCGCUGGCCUCCUGAGGAGUUCCUGGUCAGCGGGGAGGACGACGACGAUGAUGACGAAGCGGAGCCCAACCACAGCGGCGUCCAAAACGGACAGGCGAUGGCAAACUCCCAGCACUAGGAGCCGCGUCUUAGCUUCCGAUGUCCACCCCAAACCCGUUCACACACUGGUCACGCUGCACCUUACCCGGCUGACUCCACCCAAAAGAAGCAAUACACCAGUUUUGUCGCACUGCCAUUCGAUGGGACGCCGUUCGCACACAUGAGAAAAGACUGGGCGUUGGCACGGCGCUAGCACUGGGGCCACGAAAUGGUCCCCCCCGCCCCCUCCCCUGAAAACAGGACUUGCUCUUAACCCUCCAACUGUGUGUUCACCCUCUGGAUUGCUGUUAAGUAUUUGUCUUUGCGCAAGAAGAUUUAGCAGUUUUCUGUGAUUUUUGUGGAUGUCGAAUGUGCUGAUAUUUUUUUUUUUCUCCAGUCGAAAGUUAAAAUCUUUGUAUUACUUGUGAAGCACUAGUUAAUAGAUUUUUGUAAGUCACUCUGAGAAGUAGUAGCACGUAGAUGUUAACUAGUGUUGUCAAAUUUUGCUUCAUUUGUAAUACAUGUUGGUCUACUAGUGAGAACAAAGAUCUUGAGUGCAUGGGCAUGAGACUCGAUACUCUGUACUCACCGAAGUCACAAUCCAGCACACGAGUAGAAUGACUGUCUUUACUUGUCCUUUUCCGACUGCCGACUACUACAUUAAUUUGUGACUAGUAGGGUGCAUGGGCAUGUUGGUGCGUGACACAUGCCUACUAGUGUAGCAUGGUUGGAUAUUACAGUUUAACUGCGUAAUACAGUAGUAGGCCAAAAGUGGAUUUAGUAGAAAAACCUUGACAGUAAGACAGCCUUUGUACUAGUGCACUGAAUCAUCCUACUCGUGACGGCAUGUACAUGUUGGUGACGAAAACGGCUUUAGUUGACAACUACGUGCUAGUUCUACUAGUGCGCUUCACUGCGGCGGUUUUAAGCAAGUGAGCGAAGGAAAGGAGGCUACCGUGCCAACCGGAUGCUAUUUGCUCGCCCUGGGAAGCCUUACGACUCGACUGUGUGCAAUUUGCAACGGUUAUUUGAUUUUUUUUUCCCCUCCCCCUCCAACCCUCCACUGAGCUAAUAACGUAUAAUGGUUUCAGUCGCAAGUGAACACUCCUUUCUAUUCCAACGCAUUUCUUUGGGAGCAACUGUAGUUUUUGCCACCACGCAGCUUUGAUAUGUAGGCCAUUCAACACGUUCCACCUUUGUUAAAAUGUCACGUUGGUUUUGUCCACUUGUUCUUCUGACUUGUCAUUCGUGUGGCAUUAGGGCUGUGUACAGGACGUCCAUCUUUUUUUUUCCUUUUCUCUAUAACCGAGCAGGUUGUUUUUGUAAAGCUCAGGGAGAAUAGCUGCCAUUUUUUUUCCAUUGUAUCUAGACCACUGUUUUUUCUUUCUCUGACUGUUACAGAGGCUGUAAAUAAACUUGAAUUUGCUAACCCAA